GCCAGCAGUCACUCACUCUCACACACAAUCCUCCCAAUUCCCACCAGCAGUGAACUCAGCAGAAGCUCCUGUGACUCGCCGAUUUCUGCUCUGCUUCGCCUCAGGAGACUUGGACCUGUACAGGACUUCCUUCUCUUAAAACUGAGGAUUUUUUUUUCUAAAGAUCUUUUGCGGUGCAGCAUGGAGACCACCACUGGGGAAUAUAUUAACUAUGAGUACUAUGAUGACAACGAGACUGACUGUGACUUCUCAGAGUGGGAGCCCUCGUACUCCCUCAUCCCGGUGCUCUACAUGCUCAUCUUCAUCCUGGGCCUGUCAGGUAACGGCGUGGUCAUCUUCACCGUCUGGAGAUCCAAAUCUAAACGCCGGGCUGCUGAUGUCUACAUAGGAAACCUGGCCCUUGCUGACCUCACCUUUGUUAUAACCCUACCUCUCUGGGCUGUGUACACGGCGCUGGGCUACCACUGGCCCUUCGGUGUGGCUCUGUGCAAGAUCAGCAGCUACGUUGUUCUGGUCAACAUGUACGCCAGUGUUUUCUGCCUCACCUGCCUGAGCUUUGACCGCUACCUGGCCAUCGUGCACUCUCUGUCCAGCAGCAGGCUGCGCUCGAGGGGCACCAUGCUCGCCUCUUUGGGCGCCAUCUGGUUCCUGUCGGGCCUGCUGGCUGUGCCCACGCUGCUGUUCCGCACCACCGUGAACGACCAAAACAGCAACCGGACCACAUGCGCCAUGGACUUCAGCCUGGUAACUAGAAACCAGAGGCACGAGUACCUCUGGAUCGCCGGGCUCAGCCUGUCCUCCUCCGCCUUGGGUUUUCUCCUACCUUUCUUGGCCAUGACCAUUUUCUACUGCUUCAUCGGCUGCACAGUCACACGUCACUUCAACAACCUGCGCAAGGAGGACCAGAAGAAGAAGCGGCUGCUGAAGAUCAUCACCACACUGGUGGUGGUCUUUGCCAUCUGCUGGACUCCCUUCCACGUCCUAAAGAGCAUGGACGCCCUCUCCUACCUGAACCUGGCCCCGAGCUCCUGCGGCUUCCUGCGCUUCCUGCUGCUGGCUCACCCGUACGCCACCUGCCUGGCCUACGUCAACAGCUGCCUCAACCCGUUCCUGUACGCCUUCUUUGACCUGCGCUUUCGUUCCCAGUGUCUGUGCCUGCUCAACCUGAAGAAGGCUAUGCAUGGCCAGAUGAGCUCCAUGUCGUCCACGCUCAGCGCCCAGACUCAGAAGUCAGAGGUUCAGUCUCUGGCCACCAAGGUGUAAAGGCUGAAAGGAAAGGUGGAGCAGGGCUGCAGGUCGGUCCCAGCUCCAACCGCAGGAACACUUGUAAAAAAAAAAAAAGAAGAGAAGAGAAAAGAAAACAGACUUUACUUGUCGAAGCUGGUAAGAUGAGAUGAUGAACUUUAUCACUGCUCACAGUCAUGAAAUCCAUACCAAGUCCCUCCUAGUCUGCAGCCAGAGAGGUGGACGGUCUGUAUGUCGUGUGGACGUGAAGCUGGAGACCAGCUGGCUGAACUCUUCAGCUACUUUGUUCCUCAAACUCUCAGAGAUGAAAAGGAUAUUUUUAGUUCAGCCCUGCUCUGCAAAAGUUCUCAUUUCUCAUUUCUGCUACGUCGGAAAUUGUAAAUCAAUUUCUGUUUACACUGGAUGAAACAUAAAGAUGUACAGUAUUUUCAUACCAUAGCAUUUUGUUCAGAUCUAUUGCUGUUUUGUUUUAGAAGCACUUGUAAAAAGAAGAAGGAGAUGUGUGUGUGUGUGUGCAGGGAAAUCAAACGGAGCAGUGUCCUCUUUAAAGCUGUUUGUGAAGGUAGAGGGACGGAGGGGAGCUGUGGGGGGCGGCGUAAGAGGAGAAAAGGUGUUGCAGCUUAAUUAUAUAGUUUGUGGAGAGGAGACAAGGGGCAGACAGGCAGAUGGCAGUUGACAAAUGUUGUUGGGGAACAGGAACGGGGCGGAGGGGCGGAGGGGUUCCACAGUGUAGCCACGGCACUAAAGGGGACAAAGGAUCUCUGUAAAUAAAUGUUCCAAGUCGAUGCAUAUGUUUUAUUUUUGACAUCACUAUAACUAACUACUGUAUUAAAGAUAUGUUCUAUGAACCGGA